ACAAGAUUAAUAAGAAAACAUUUCAAAAUUUGUUGUCAAGACAAAAAUCAACAAUUGUAAUAACUUUAACUCUAACAACUCUCAGUUUAAAUUUGCAAAUAAUUUAAUCACAAUUAAGUAAAUUAAUUAAUCUUUUCAACUAAUUGUAACAAUUUGUUUCGUCCGUUGAAAUGAAUGGACUUUAUGUGUUAUCCAAAAUACCAAGAGAAUCUUCAUUGAAAGCCAAAAUAGGUCAAGGUGUUCCCGCUUUGAGACAGAAAUUAAAAUUAAUUUGUAAAGAUAAUCCAGUUACCGAGGAAUUGUUUAUCAACGUCUUACCCUCUAAGAAUCCCGAAUUCCCGAGGAAAUUUUUCCGACUAGUCACCAAGAACAAGACUACAAUUGAACAGGAGAGACUCGUUAAGAAGAUUGUCAAAUUAGCAAAGAGCGAAGAUGCAAUCAAAUUAAAAUGUCUCUUUGAAAUCUACGAUUUUAAUGACGAUGGUACAUUGUCCUUCGACGAGGUUGGAUGUUUACUACGAGCUUGUAUGGCAGAAAAUGGUCUACAAUUUACCGAAGAUGAGAUUGACCAGUUGACCGCAACCUUUAUGGAAGAAGCUGACCAGGACAAUUCGCAAACAAUUGACUUCGUCGAAUUCAGAUCACUUCUUAAUCGUUACGAGGCUUUAGUUGAAUGUAUGUGCCGAUCAUUUGAACGAUGGAUGUUACUAAGUCCAGCCGAAUUCACGACAAAAUCGACUAAGAAAGUGUCCCUGUGGCAAAUUGAGUACAUUAGAAACAACGCUCUAAGUGUCAUCACCUUGACCAUUUACGUUUUAUUCAGCGCUGGACUUUUCUUUUGGCGAAUCGCUUAUUUCACGGUACAAAAGUCGAACCCUUUUAUUACAAUCGCAAGAGGUGCAGGAAUGCUUCUUAACUUUAAUUGUGCUCUCAUAAUGUUGUUCAUUUUACGACGAAGUAUAACUCGACUUCGUAUUUUGGGCUUUGCAUCGUACCUACCACUCGAUAAGAAUAUUAAAUACCAUAAAUUCUGUGGUUAUAUUAUUACAUUUUUCGCUCUUCUUCACACAUUCGCUCAUCUCGGUAAUUAUGCUCUAAUCUCCGCCGAAACUGGACAACCUUAUGUGCGAAUGAUUUUUAGCGCUCAUCCAGAAUAUUUUACCUUCUUCUUUGGUGCUGCGAAUAUAACUGGAUGGGUUUGUUUGGGUUCUUUGUUUAUUCUUGUUCUUUCCUCGCUUCCCUUUGUCAGAAAAUCUGGACAUUUCGAGAUAUUCGCUUAUUUCCAUUUGUUCUACAUCGUCUUUUGGUCAGUUCUACUUCUUCAUGGACCCAAAUUCUGGAUCUGGUUAACUGUUCCUGGAAUUUGUUUCAUUAUCGAGAAGGUUCAUUAUUUCUCGAGUAUGAUGGGCGAUUCUGGGAAUAGUUAUAUUGUUAGAUGUCGAAUUUUACCUUCGAAAGUUAGUCAUUUAGCUAUUCGUCGACCUAAACAUUUCGAUUAUCAUCCUGGCGAUUGGGUCUAUAUUCAGAUACCAAAGAUCUCUUCAUGGGAAUGGCAUCCGUUCACCAUUAGUAGUGCUCCAGAAAUGCCCGAUGUUAUAUUCCUUCAUAUUCGCUCUGUCGGCGAAUGGACAAAUCGAUUGCAUUCAUUACUCUUGGAACAAGAAGAGGCCGGAUUAUCUUCGAUUAAAAAACCAUCGGUGAAUGUCAAAUGUCCAGAUUUAGCGGUUUCGAUUCCACCUACACCCAAAUCGAUUGCAUCUCAAUCAUCAAUGAGUUCUAAUGAGAUUACAGAGACUCCGUUUAUGAUUCGUCGAGGAAAAGUUCGUUCACCAACGAAUCGAGAACAGUUAUCAAGCUAUCGACAAGUUAUUCAAGAUCUUACAGAUCGAUUAGGAUCCAUAGUUAGUGCUAAUGCUUCAACCAGUUUCCAAGUGAUUCAAUUUACCCGACCAAUUGGUCGGUGUUGCGAUGACGAUGACGAGGCUCGAUUUUAUGCUUUUAAGGACAAUGAUCGAAUCGACGCUUUAGAGGUCACAUCAAUGAUUACCGGCGAAAAAGUUGUCUUGAGUUCAACACCAAAGCCAAUCAAUAGUUCAAAAAGUUCAUCGGUAAAAUCGAUGAAAUCAAUUUCUUCACAAGGUUCGAGUUUCAAAAACUUACCUGGAACUUUGAUUCGAACACCACUUGAACUUCCAGUUCGCCUUGAUGGGCCUUACGGGUCACCAUCGUCUCACAUUUUCAAAACCGAACACGCAGUUAUGAUCGCAACGGGAAUCGGUGUGACCCCGUUUGCCUCAAUUCUUCAAAGUAUAAUGUUCAGAUACGCUAAAUCGAAACACACUUGCCCCCAAUGUAAGCAUUCAUGGUCGGACGCUGUACCGACCGAUAUCAUGAGGUUAAAAAAGGUCGACUUUAUUUGGUUAAAUCGAGAUCAAAAGUCAUUGGAAUGGUUUGUCCAUCUAUUAACUCAACUCGAAAUGACCCAAGCAGAAAUUGAUUCGAAAAAUCGAUUCUUGGACAUUCACAUUUUCAUUACAUCGGCUUUGGAUGCUGCCGAUAUCCGAGCACUUGGCCUGCAAUUGGCAUUGGGAUUAAUGCACGAAAAGAAAGAGAGAGACCUGAUCACCGGAUUACGAACAAAAACCAAACCCGGAAGACCAAAUUGGAACCAGCUGUUCGAUACCAUCAAUGUCUCGAAAAAAGGUAAGGUCACAACAUUUUACUGCGGUGCUCCAGUUCUGGGAAAACAAUUACAUAACCUUUGUAAUCAAUAUGGUUUCAAUUUCCACAAAGAAAUUUUCUCUUAAUUAAUUUGGAGAAAAAUGUAAAUUACAAUUAACGUUUCAUGUAAUCAUGUUGAUCUUUUUUUUGUCUCGAAUUUGAAUUUGUUUUAUCACAAUGAAUUUUUGCUUCUCCCACUCAAUUUGAUAUUGUAAAUAUAAAUUGAACAUCGAGAAUAUAAUAACAAUAAAUUAUAUACAAUGUAUGAGUUAA